GAGAUUUACCCAGAAUGCAGUUAUUGCUUGGGAAUAGCCGAAAAUUUGAUCAGUAAAUAGAGCAUUUAUCAUGUUAUUUUAAUCGUUUGCAAGUGAUAUUUUUCUCUCGAGAAAGAUUGCAAGAGAUAGAGGGAUUGUUCAUCUCUAAAUGGAAAGAUUUACGACCUAGUUGUACCUCAAAUAAAGGAGUAAAUCGGAGAUCAAGAGGGCUUGUCUGGACGGAAGGGACUGUCUGAAUGUUCAUAUCCCAGACUCAAAAUGGCGACACAAACAUCAGUUAAUGUCAGUCUAGAUGAUAUAGAUUUAUCUAGCCUACGGGAUCCAGCUGGAAUAUUCGAUCUGAUAGAAGUUGUUGGUAAUGGAACUUAUGGACAAGUUUAUAAGGGUCGCCACACUAAAACUGGUCAGUUGGCUGCCAUUAAGGUUAUGAAUGUAACUGAGGAGGAAGAAGAAGAAAUAAAAUUGGAAAUAAAUGUGCUCAAAAAGUAUUCCCAUCAUAGGAAUAUAGCUACUUAUUAUGGUGCUUUUAUUAAGAAGGGUCCGCCAGGAAAAGAUGACCAACUCUGGUUGGUUAUGGAGUUUUGUGGGGCAGGUUCUGUUACUGAUUUGGUUAAAGCUACUAAAGGUAAUUGUCUGAAAGAAGAAUGGAUAUCUUAUGUAUGUAGAGAAAUCUUAAGGGGUUUAGCUCAUCUACAUGGUAAUCGUGUUAUACAUAGAGAUAUCAAAGGACAGAAUGUUUUAUUAACAGAUAAUGCUGAAGUUAAAUUAGUUGAUUUCGGCGUGAGUGCUCAGUUAGAUAAAACUAUUGGUAGAAGAAAUACGUUUAUUGGUACACCAUAUUGGAUGGCACCAGAAGUGAUAGCUUGUGAUGAAAAUCCUGAUGCCACAUACGAUAAUAGGAGUGAUUUAUGGUCGUUGGGAAUAACUGCAAUAGAAAUGGCUGAAGGAAAGCCACCUCUCUGUGAUAUGCACCCUAUGAGGGCUUUAUUUCUUAUACCCAGAAAUCCUCCUCCUAGACUGAAAAAUCCCACCAAAUGGUCGAGUAAAUUUCACAAUUUUGUAGAAUCUUGCCUAAUUAAAGAUUACACCCAGCGCCAUAACACAGAACAACUCCUGAAACACCCUUUUAUACGUGAUCAACCUACAGAACGUCAAGUUCGAAUACAGCUCAAAGAUCAUAUUGAUCGACAUAAGAAAAAUAAGAAGAUUGAUGAUCAUGAUACAGAAUAUGAGUACGAGGGAAGUGAUAAUGAUGAAGAUGAAGAAAAUACGAUGCCAGGGGAACCAAGUUCCAUAUUACAAAUUCCUGGAGAAUCAACACUUAAACGAAACUUUCAACAGAUUCAAGAAAGAGAAGGAAGAAGAAAUCAACAAGCUCGUAAUCGUCCUCAUUCACAUCAUCAAAAUCAACAACACCCACAACAACAACAACAUGCACAGCAACAACGACCCCCAUCUAGUCACUUUCAACAACCCCCUCCUAGCCACAAUAUGCCAAAACAAUUCCCCAUGCAGUCGAGACUUAUAGUUCUUCCAGAUGCUAAGAAUCCCAGUGCCGGAGCUGUCCAUGCCAGUGCAGUUCAUUCCGACAAGCCAUCUGGAAUGUUUGGAGGAGGCCAUGCUCAAAAGGCAGAGGAUCUAGAACAAUUGGCUGCUCAUCUAAGAAAGAUGGGAGCUGAAGAAAGACAAGCUAGAACUGUGUAUGUGGAAGAUGAGGAUGAUGAUGAUGAUGAAGAAGAUGAUGAUCUGAUCAACAGAGAUGGUACUUUACCAGCCUCGGAACCACCACGUCCAUUAAAUAUGGAGCAAUUUGGUGGUAGGGAAUCGCCAGUCAGUUUUAAUCAAGAUACUCUAGAAACACUUUCAUCAAUGGUUAUACAUGAAGAAAUGCCUAACACCCAAGUGCCAAUUGGUUUUAACCUUUCAAAAGUUACUGAAGAGGAUGGUGAAAAUACUCUUAAAGCUCCAAGAAAGAAUAAAUCUGAUCCGUCAUUUCAAGAUGGAGCUGAUAAGUAUCGUGAUAGGAGAAAUGAAGCUCAGAGAAACAGUGGUAAACCUCCUGUUGGUCAUAUCCAUAGAACACAGUCAAAUUCUUCCGCUCCUGGAGCACUUGGUAUGCAGUCUCCACGACACAGUACCAGUAGUAAUGUGCUACCUGAUCUCCUUCCUCCACACACUCCCCCUCAAUCCCGCUCCCCACCCACCCCACAACGUCCACAAGAUAAGACAACAUCAGAAGAGUAUCGACAGGCUGUCAGUAAACAGCCCUCGAUGCGGCAUCAGAGGUCCUUCUCCGCGUUUGGAUUCGGAGCAGGUGGUUCAACUAUUGGUUCCAUUUCCCAGCAAUCCCGACGAGGUUCCCAGAUCAACGUCAAUGUCACACCAUCUCCGACAGUUGUGGACAGUGGAGACACACCAGAGAUCAGAAAAUACAAGAAACGUUUCGGUUCGGAUAUAUUAUGUGCUGCAUUAUGGGGGGUGAAUCUCUUAAUAGGAACAGAAAAUGGCUUGAUGUUACUAGAUAGAAGUGGACAAGGAAAAGUGUACACAUUAAUAUCUCGCCGACGCUUUCAUCAAAUGGAAGUUUUAGAAGGACAGAAUAUUCUCGUCACCAUAUCGGGCAAGAAGAACAAAAUCCGUGUUUAUUAUCUAUCUUGGUUAAAAAGCAAGAUAUUUAAAACGGAAGGGGUAAGUAGUAAUGAUAAAAAGAACGGCUGGGUAAAUGUUGGAGAAUUAGAGAAUUGUGUACAUUUCAAAAUAGUUAAAUACGAGCGAAUCAAAUUUCUAGUAAUUGCUUUACAAGAAAGUAUAGAAAUCUAUGCCUGGGCUCCUAAACCUUAUCAUAAAUUCAUGGCAUUUAAGUCUUUCCCAGAACUAGCUUAUAAACCCCUAAUAGUUGACCUUACUGUGGAAGAAGGUCAACGGUUAAAGGUCAUUUACGGUUCCAACAAAGGAUUCCAUGCCAUCGACCUUGAUAGUUCGCAAGUGUUUGACCUUUACAUUCCUUCACAUUAUCACGGGACGUAUGAUAACGUAUCAACAACUCGAGGAGGUGCUCUCUCUUUUUACGUUAACGAGCAUCAGACGCAAGGAACUAUAAUGCCCCAUACUGUAGUCAUUUUACCUAACACGAAUGGUCUUCAUCUAUUACUGUGCUAUGAUAAUGAAGGUGUGUAUGUAGAUACUAAUGGUAAAGUAACCAAGAAUGUUGUUUUACAAUGGGGUGAACUACCUACAUCAGUUGCUUAUAUCAGUACUGGUCAGAUUAUGGGAUGGGGAAAUAAAGCUAUUGAAAUCCGCUCGGCUGAGACUGGCCAUCUUGAUGGAGUCUUUAUGCAUAAAAAGGCUCAAAAACUCAAGUUUUUGUGUGAGAGAAAUGACAAGGUUUUCUUUUCAUCUGUUCGGUCAGGAUCAUCUUGUCAAAUCUACUUUAUGACAUUAAGUAAACCUGGGCUCGCAAACUGGUGAUGUCAUCAAAACUUGUUGAUUUUUUUACUCAAAAUGGAGUUUUUAUCUUGUGGUCACACGUGAAUUGUUUUCCAAGACUGAAGCGAGUUUUAACUAAAUAGAAUUUAAUCUGUGAUUCAUCUAGAAAGCAUUUCUGAAAAUUAAGAAGAAAAAGAAAACAUAUUUGUUCAACAAUCAGCUUUUAAAGAUUUUGUUGACUACCUUUAUGAUGAUUUGAAUCAUGGUUUUAAUUUCAUCGAAGCGUAGACAUUUUGUGUCUAGUGUCUCAGAUAUUUUUAUUUUGGGUGUGUUACGAGAGAAGUGACGUCACAGUAUGUGUGUGGUACUCCCCGUUAUAAACUGCUUUUUUUGGAACUAUAUUUUAUGUUAUGUGUAUUACUACAUGUGGUUUCGGAGUCUUUGACGUUAACCUGUAUAAUAAAUAUCAUUCUACCAAAAGCACAGACUAAUAUUAAUGGUAAACGCUUAACCAUGGCUUUGAUAUUAUAACAUAGGGAUUGUACCAAUAUAUUCAUACAUUAUUUCAGUGCUUUGGUUUAUACAUUUCUCAUUGAACCAUCCCUUUAACGGAACUCUGUUUUACUCUGAGUCGAUUCUUUCAGACAGAUUUUUAUAAAUUUUCAUCAUGAAUGUUCAAAAAUGUAAUUGGUACUACUGCUUUUGUAUUUUGGCGGGGAAUAUUUAAGAACCAUUUAAAGGCCAAUUCUGCUUAAUCUUAAAAAUGGUGCUAAGAUUUUGAAAAUCUCGAAUGAACAAUCGAAAAAUAAAAACUGAAAUAAUGGGUGUUUGUGAAAAAAAAGCAAACCUGUCUUGGUCUAGUACAGUGGUUACAAAUUGCUGUUUGGAGGUAUCUCCCUAUAAGGUAUUCAAGAAUGUGUCCUGAAAAUUUUCGUCAACAAAGCUAUGGUUUAAAACUGUGCAUGUAGUUGUCUUUCGGAAGGAUGUUGCCAGAAAACAGGAGAGAAAAUAAAUACUUGAUUCAAUUUUUUUAUUUUGUUUAUUGACUUUUUAACAUAGAAUACAGGGUUCUUUUAGAUUUUGUAAAUUAAAUUAAAAAUACAUCUAGAAUCUAAAGUAACAAAGUUGUUUAGUCUUAUUUAUUUUUAUUUUGUACAAAAAAACUUUUGUAAUUAUUACUAUUAUUAAUAUUAUUAUAUUAUAUCUAUUAUAUCAUAAUUAUUAAUGAAAUAGAAAAAAAUGUUCUAACAUUUUAUGAAUCAUUACUACAUUAUAAAAAUCAUGUCUUUCUUUUUAAAUAGAUAUUAUUAUUAAUAGUUACAUUUCUUUUUUAAAUAGGAAAUUCAAGUUUUUAUUGGUUGAGCAUUUGCAUACUAAAUAUUUUUAAAGGGCGUAUAGCUGUAACUCGAUAUUAUUCAUAAUAUAGUAAAUGGGAAAGUAAUUAGAAAUGGCUGAUCCAUAAAUGACAAGAUGAUCAAAGAUGAGCUCGUAGACUGGACUAACCAGUGCAAUUGACUGCCAUUCACUUUGGACUGUAUACCUAUUUUCCUGAACAUAUAUAACUGAUCAGAAAAUGUAAUAGAAAUUUUAAAAAUUAAAUGUAAAUAACUUUAUGUCACUCAAAUUACAUUUAUAUGUGCUUUUAGACACACCUUCGUCUAUUUUAAAAUAACAAAGAUUAUAGUUAUACGCCCUUUAAAGAUUCUGUCUUUUGAUUAACAAAACAACAAUGGUAAAAUCUUGUAUGUUCGCAAUGUCAGUUCAUUUCUUUUGCAUACACAAAAAUCAUUAUUUGUCGAGGGGGUAAAACUGCGAACUUGUUAUAUUCAAAUAAUGUAAUCAGUGGCCUUAUUAAUACCCCUCCCCCUCCCCUUUUCUUAAAUUUGUGGCAAUAUGAUGGUAAUAACUGUAUUACCUUGUCUAGUGUAUCCAGCAAUAGUUCUUGUAAAAUAGCAACACAUCAUUCUUUAGAUAUGUGUUUAGCAUUUACCUUCUAGAGUUUGUUUACACAACGAUAAUCUAUUUUCCUAUAACAAAUGUUAACCGAACUAAAGAAUUGUUUCGUGAUCUUAGGCAGUUAUUAAUCUUCUAAAUUAACUUUUAACUUUAAAAGAAUUAAGAAUUGACCAGAUGAUUUUAUUGUUUCAUGAUUUUAGUAGGCAGUUAUUAGUCUUCUAAAUUAACUUUAUCACAAGAAGAAUUAAGAAUUGACCAGAUGAAUUUAUUUUUUGAAAAUUAAUUGAAAAAGUUUAUGACUGCAUCAUAUAAUAAGAAUUCUUGUUGGAGAAAACCCCCUAACAGAAGCGUCUAGGCUUUUUCGAAUGGAUACGGUUUAAAACUUUUUUAAUCAUUAUCAAUUAUUAUCAUAGAUUCAGAUAUUUUUUGAUAAUUUUUAAGACAUAAACUUCAGCCCAAUUUUUCUAAAAAUAAUUUUCUACUAAAUUAGAAUAGUAGAUCCUAAGAAUCUCAUUUUUCUCUCUAGAUAUUAUUUGAGGUCAAUACUGGUAUCAUCGGCUUUCGUUAGUAUCAUGUCACCACCAACUUUGUUUUGUUUUCUUUUUUCUACAGAAUUCUUUUUUGUUUUCCUAUUUUUUGGUUAUGACUAAACCUGAAAUGAUUUUGACCUAUAUGUAAUUAUUAUUGUUUUUGUAAUUAAAUGUAUAAUAAAGAAUAAAUAUAGAAUUAUUAUGAAUGUAAAUCAAACUAGUCUUUAUAUAACUUGUAUACUUUAUAUAGAUAAAAAGAGAUUAUUAACUUAAUAUUUUAACAUAAAUCUAUCUACAUGUAAUUACACAUAUAUCCAGCUUAUUAAAAAACAGAUUACCUUUCCCGUUUUUUGUCCAGAGGCCUAAAUUCAAAGGACUACACAUACAUGUACAUAUAUCCGGCUUAUUAAAAACAAAGUAACUUUUCUAUUUUUGUUUAUCAGUCUAAAUUCUAACUGAACACCUUAUGGGGGAAAUUCGCAAUAUUGACAAAACAGAAACUGUUGAAGAAGACAAUCUUUUAAAAAGAGAGUACCCCUUUGAUUUGAGUAAAAUACCCAAUUCUUUGAGUCUUUGGGGUUUUUUUCGCCAUGAUGUUUUUGGUCAUUAAUGCAAUCCUUUGAAUUUAAGUUUGUGUAAAUCUGUAUUACAGCAUUAAAUUUUGCAUUACUCUUUAAAUCUUCUAAAUAGGAACGAAUACUACAGUAUUUUAGUACCCAUAGAAUCAAACUGCUGCAAAUUUUGUCUGAGUCAAGAGGAAAACUGUUUGGUACACUCAGUUUUGAAUUUGUGACAAAAAACUAAACUUUUCUUGUACAUUUUGGCAUUUGACAGGUAAUACCAUCUUCUAUUAUUCUGUAAUAGAAAUACACCAUUUAAAAGAAAAAGAUUUUCAUAAGAUUCCUAGUGCGAAAGCUAUAUAGCAAAGGAUAAAACCUUCAUUCGCAUUACCCGCCCACCUACCCCAUUUGUUGUUUAAUUUUAACAAAACAUAAGCUGUUUGUAAAUUAUGUAUAUAGUAUAAACAAUAUGAACAUAAAAUCUCUGGUUUAGGAGAUUUGUGUAUUUAUUUCAAGUAAAUAAUCCGCGACAAACUUUAAUAAAGAAAAUGACCAAAACCUAAACACUGAAUCUUUUUUUUUAUUAAUUUUUAUCUUAAUGGCUAAAUGAUCAGUUCUUCCAUAUUCUGGAUCAUUGUUGUUAUACUAGACAGAAACACCUAUAAAUACACAUGGCUUUGUGCACUAUAUUUAUUUAAAUUGUAACAAUCCAAAAAUAUAGAAACCCCUUUGCUCAGUAAUACUAUUGGGUUUAUCGGCAAUUUUAAAUUUAUAAGAAACCCUAUUCUUAAACCAACAUAGUUUACAAGAUAAAUUUUGCCUCUAAAAUAUUUUCCAUACCAUGAAUUAUUCACCUGAAAGAUUUCAUUACAAAAUAUUUUUUUUAUAGUAUUUCAUUAUUCUUUGUUUUUGGAUUGCUACUAUAUUGUAUGUUCUGUAGAUUUGUGAUAUUUCAUGCUUUUUUUAAGAAAAAAAACGAAAGUGCAAUCGUCAUGUUUUAUAUUCAACAAAAAAAUAUGCCAUACAUUCUUUAGCCAAAUGCUGUACCAUCAUUAUUAAAAAAGUAUUGCUUGUAUAAA